AUGUCGAAAAAGGGUUGUGAAUUGUGCAGCAAUCCAGCGAGAAUGUUUUGUGAAUCGGAUCAAGCUAGCCUUUGUUGGGAUUGUGAUGAGAAGGUGCACGGUGCAAAUUUUCUUGUUGCUAAGCAUACUAGGAGCCUUCUUUGCCACGUCUGUCAAUCUCCGACGCCGUGGAAAGCCGCCGGUGCGAAGCUGGGGCCGACAGUUUCUAUUUGCCACACUUGUGCAGAAAACCAAGUGACUACUCCUAGAGAUGAAGACGAUGAUUCUCAAGAAAGUGAAAGUGAUGAUGGGGAGUACUAUAGUGACAGUGAUGAUUAUGUGGAGGGAGAGGAGGAAGAAGAGGAGGACGGCGAGAAUCAGGUGGUGCCAUGGUCAAAUUCUAGUUAUACACCACCGUCUCCGCCUCAGCAGCCGCCUGUAGCGAGCUCUUCCAGUAGCGAAGCUGACAAUGUUUCUUUUACCUCAUUGAAAAGAAUGCGAUACAACCCAUUUGAGUCCGAGGAUGAAGAUGCGUGCUGUUCCUUGGAAUCCAAAUUCACUGCAUCAAAUUUAUCAUCUGGGCACUGUUUUCAAGAAUCUGAGAUUAUGGGUUCGUCCACAACGAGCCUGUUUAGACCAUUGAAGUUGCAGAGGGCGGGAGAAGAGGCUCCGAUUAAGUCCAGGACGGCGGCGAUCGUCGCUUCACUCAGAAGAUUCCAGCAAGAAAUUGUGUCUGGGGAAGAAGAUGCAUCUGCAAUUAUUCUAGGCCUUAGCAAACUCACCAGAGAUUCUUAA